AUGGCCGGGGGAGCUACGAACUCUGCCACUGGAACUGUUGAAGUCAAGUGUAUCUGCAGUCUAGGGAUCAAGAAUCUGAUGCUGCCACAACCAGUCUUAAGAUAUGCAUCCAACUGCCACACAAGUUCAGGCCAAUGGAAGAAAAGAUCAGCGAAAUUGAAUGAAACCCAAAAGCAAGAAAUUAAAGAGGGCUUUGAUUUAUUCAAUGUUGAUGGGUCUGAAACCAGAGAUGUGAAAGAAUUGAAGCUUGCAAUGUGGGCCUUAGGAUUUGAACCAAAGAAAGAAGAAAUUAAAAAGAUAGCUGAAAUUGACAAAGAAGGAAUUGGCACCAUUCGUUUUGAAGAUUUUUUGGCCAUAAUAAGUGUAAAAAUGAGUGAAAAAAAUGAAAAAGAAGAAAUAUUGAAGGCUUUCAAAUUAUUUGAUGAUGAUAAUACAGGAAGUAUAUCACUAAACAAUAUCAAGAGGGUUGCUAAGGAACUAGGGGAAAAUUUGACAGAUGAUGAACUUCAGGAAGUGCUUGACGAAGCUGAUCAUGAUGGGGCUGGAGAAAUAAAUGAGGAAGAAUUUUUGAGAAUGAUGCAAAAGACCACUCUUUAUUAAUACUGUUUUUUGUUCCUUCUGGAAAGUUGUUAACAAGUUUGUAUUUGUUAUAAGUUCCAUAAUAUCUGUAUGUAUUCAUUUUCAGUGUUUAGUUUAUGUACACAAACUGGUCUUUUGAUAUCUAGUCCAUGUGAGAAGUUACAUGUUUCUACCAAUAUGUUGUUAAAUCUGUAGCAUCAAGAAACAAAGGAAAUGUAGUAACUUCCUUGAACCAUGAAUCUGAGAACAGUAUUAAUUCCAAGUGCUAGUUUUAGAGCCCCAGGGUCCAAAGACUUAGAUUUUUUUUUUAAUUUAAGGAAAUCAGCCCCACAUCAAAUGAAUUUGACAAGCAAGCCAUUACUUUCCCUGUUACUUUCCUUUUGUACAACUCUAAAAAUGAUGACCAUUUGCUUUAUAACCAAUUAUUCAGAUACGUAAAGCCUUAAAUAAAACUAUCU